CAUUCACUGGCCCAAGAGGUAAACUGCGCCUUCUCGAGUUUCAGUAUCAACUCCGCCUCCUUUCGUAAGACACAACAAUUAUCAAACUCUUUUUUUACCUUUAUCCUUUCUUUCUGGCAAAGCACGAUAAAAACCCUUAUUUCCAUAGCAUUUAUUAUUAUUACAACAAUAAGUCACUUUUUCAAGCACCCCUGCAUAGGCCAAGUUAAUCGAGUUCCAACCUUCGUAAUUCACGUUACCUACCUAACCCAGGUACACAAACCCGCAAGCAUACCUAACCUACCUAACCUACCUUACCUCUUAAAUAAAGCUUAACUAGAGCAAGCAACCACAACCUACCUAGGUAGACUUGUCGGUACAAUACCUAACGAGCUAUCACCUUGAAACCAGGUACCUACCUCCUAUGCACAAUGGCAGCUGAAAAGAAGCCACGGCCGCUCUCGAUUUCGAAAGGCGGGCCAACGGCAACGGUGGUUCCUACCAAAGACUCUUCGAAUAAGUCAAAUGGGGAGUCAAAUGGGGUGGACAAAACAGCUUUAACACAAAGCGCCAAGCCUACUUUGACGACAGAUGCAUCUAUCGCAGCUGACAAGGAGCGCGACUUGCUGGCACAACCCAGAGUUUCAAUGAAUAUUGAAGAAUUCCAUGGCGAAGUCCAAACUACGAACGACUUACCCGCCAUUGAGACGCUGCGCAAAAUAGAGACAUACAACGUUCUCGAUAGCGAUGGGAAGUCGCAUAGUUUUAAGAGCCUCUAUGCUGGCCGCAAUUCUCCGCGCCGAGUUCUCAUAAUAUUUAUCCGGCAUUUCUUCUGUGGUAAUUGCCAAGAAUAUCUACGCACGCUUUCGGCCUCGGUUACUCCAGAGGCUCUUUUGCAGUUACCAGUCAGCACUUUCAUCGCUGUAAUAGGGUGUGGCUCUCCACAGCUUAUCAACUCGUAUAUCCAAGAGACCGGUUGUCCUUUUCCGGUCUAUGCUGAUCCAACCCGUCGUCUAUAUGCUGAACUCGGAAUGGUGCGCACCUUAGCAUUGGGUCCCCGACCGGCCUAUAUGCAAGGGAAGUCGGUAGCUCAUACUGUCGUCUCUGGCGUAGUCCAGGGGUUAAAGCAAGUGAAAUCAGGUUUAGCGACGAAGAUGGGCGACCAAAAACAAGUGGGCGGAGAGUUCCUUUUUGAACCCGCAAGUCUAACGCUGGACACUCCUGUCACCACUCCACGUAGCGAAGAGAACAAGCAACUUGAGCUUCCCGACGAGAACGAGGGGCUAGAUGAUCACGAAGACCCCAAGAUAGAGGAAAAGCGUGUCACAUGGUGUCAUCGGAUGCGGACGACCCGAGAUCAUGCCGAGAUCCCAGAGCUGAUGGAGGUACUUGGGUUGAGUGGCACCGGUGCCCCUAUCAAGGACAAGAAAAGAUGGGAAAAGGCAUUGAGGACAAGAAAGGGCACCGGCUUGAGCAUGGCCAGCCAGAUGAGCCGAUUGAGUGUCGACACCACGCAUACCAAUCAUAACGGCAGUAUAAAAUCAGCCUCAAACACCGAGUAUCCGAACAGUAUGGCUGGACGCGACACGAACAGCCAUGCUUCUAUUAAGUCUCAUUAAACGAUGGAAUUAGUUGAAACACCUAAUUUUCUCUAUUGUUCUCCUCUUUUCGACCCGGUUGGAAAACGUGUCUUAAUGCAUAUUACUGGGGGAUAUUACCGACGUUUUUGAUUAUCAAGGUACAAGAAAGUUUACUUUAAUUCGUUUAUAUGACUUGAGGCAAACAAUUUAUAUGAUAAUCUGUAUAUGGAGAUUCGAGAUAUAUAUAGAUAUAACCUUCUCAAAUAAACGUGAUAUCAAAUUUAUUUAUUGAGUUACAAGAUACGAAGUACAUAUAGGAUUAAUAGCAAAAAAAGAGAUCUACCAGAAA